AUGGGACUAUUCAUAGAGAUCAAGAAUCAGUCACUCAAAACAUUUGAGAAAUCGAAUUGUCUCCAUUGUGAAGCAAUAUGGGACAGAGCAGCCACAGUGCACCACGCCCUUCAACCCAUCAUCUCAGAUGAGGAAAACACGGCCCUUAUUAGCGUCCCUUCGGCUGAGGAAAUUAGAGAUGCGGCGUUCUCCAUCAACGCGGAUAAAGCACCUGGUCCGGAUGGCUUCUCGGCGGGAUUCUUCCACACUCAUUGGGAUAAGGUUGGACCGGACAUAGUGAGGGAGGUACAGGAUUUCUUUUGUGGCGCCACCCUUCCUGAUGGUGUCAAUGACACACACAUUCGCCUGAUCCCUAAAAUCACCACCCCCAAGAAGGUCUCCGACUAUCGUCCCAUCGCCCUCUGCAACACCUCGAAAGCGGAACAGAGAUGCUCGAUGGCUGUCAAGACUGACAUGAGUAAGGCGUAUGACCGCCUGGAAUGGGACUUUAUUGCACUGGUCUUAGCUCGGUUGGGAUUCCACCGCAGCUUAAUUGAGAUGUUUCUGCAGUGUAUAUCGACUGUUACAUACUCCUUCCUCAUUAACGGCUUGCCUAGAGGGAAGGUAGUACCGAGCCGAGGGAUUCGCCAAGGCGACCCCCUCUCUCCCUACAUAUUUAUUAUGUGUAGUGAAGUCCUCUCGGGAUUAUGUAACAGAGCGCAAGAAAGUGGUUUAAUACAAGGAAUCAAAGUCGCGAGAGGCUGCCCUAGAAUAAACCACUUGCUCUUUGCGGAUGAUACGAUGUUCUUCCUCAGCGCUACGGAGGAGAACUGCGAGGCUCUAAAGAAUAUCUUGGACUGUUAUGAAGCAGCCUCCGGCCAGUCAAUUAACAAAGACAAGUCGGCCAUUACUUUUUCUCGGAGGUCUCCGCGGGCUCUGAAGGAUUUGAUAAAGAGCACACUCCUAAUUGAAAAAGAGGGAGGUGUCGGGAAGUACCUCGGACUCCCGGAACAAUUUGGUAGAAGGAAACGAGACAUCUUCUCCUCCAUCAUUAGUCGCAUCCAGGAAAAAGCCCGAGGCUGGUCCACCAAGUUCCUCUCUUCGGCUGGCAAACUGGUCAUGGUACAAAGUGUUCUCUCGGCCGUACCCUCGUACUCUAUGUCUUAUUUCAAGCUCCCGGUAUCUCUUUGUAAGCGCAUCCAGUCAGUGGUUACAAGAUUCUGGUGGGACAAAAACGAAGAAACAAAGAAGAUGGCUUGGAUCUCCUGGGACCGUAUGGCGCAACCUAAGGCUUCUGGAGGUCUUGGCAUGCGUGAUUUCCAGAAGUUUAAUGAUGCUUUGCUUGCUAAAUUGGGAUGGAGAUUACUCGAAAGACCGGACUGCCUCUUGAGCAAGGUGCUAAAAGGAAAGUACUAUCCUGAUUCGCCCUUCCUUUUAGCUGAAGAAUCUUCAGUUAUGUCUCAUGGAUGGCGCGGAGUGCUUGUUGGACGUGACCUUCUCCGAAAGAAUAUCGGCUGGGCGGUUGGAGAUGGCUGCUCCAUCAACAUCUGGCGAGACCCUUGGCUCAACUUAAGCUCUCAAGAACGCCCUAUGGGACCACCUACAGAGCAAUGUUCGGACCUCUCUGUCUCGGACCUGAUGAUAGCGGGCUCAACGCAAUGGGAUAGAGCCAAGAUCCAGCUGCUACUCCCUGCCUAUGAAGAAAAAAUCCUAGUGUUGAAACCGAGCAUUACUGGGGUUCCAGACAGGCUUUUCUGGUUAGGAACAAAGUCCGGAGAGUAUUCAUCCAAAUCUGGUUACUAUAUCGCUAUGGAGGAAGAGGAAGUUAUGGCCACUGCUGAAGCAGAGUUCAAAUGGAAGAAGAAUGUUUGGAUGCUAGACUGCGCCCCAAAAGUGAAGCACUUCGCGUGGAGAGUUCUCAAGCGAGCAAUACCAGUAGGCGAACGCCUUGUUGAAAGGCACAUCGAUGCGGAUCCUCGCUGCAAGAGAUGCGGAGAAAAUGAAUCUAUCAAUCAUCUACUAUUCCAAUGCCGGUUCGCACAAAAGGUUUGGCUCCUAGCUCCUUUUGUGACUGAAAAGGAUUAUAGAGGAAUCAUAGAUUUGCUUUCGGUAUGGCCGGACCUGUGUAAUCAACCUUGUCUGCCUCCUUCGGGUAUUGCCUCUGGCUCGCUUUUCUUGUGGAUCUUGUGGUCCUUGUGGAAAGCAAGGAACCGGCUUGUCUUUGAAGGUUUCUCUGCAUCCCCUGAAGAUACUCUGGAGACUAAUGCUGCAGGCCUAGGUUGGACUCUGUUAUCUUCCCCGCAGCGCCAAGAUUUCAACGAGCGUAGGGACUUUGUAGCAUCUCCAUUAAUGGCGGAAGGCCUAGCUCUGAGAGAGGCGGUGCUUACCUGCCAAAGUCUUAACCUCAGAAGAAUCCAGCUGCAGUCGGACUCCAAGCAGCUCAUCGAUUGUCUGAACUCGGGCUUGAGUAUAGCAGAAAUCCACUCUGUUGUUUCGGAUAUUGUUUCUCUUGCUGAAGCUUUUGAUUCUGUUUCUUUUGGUUGGAUCUCUAGGGAGAAAAAUAUGCUAGCUGAUAGCCUGGCCAAAGAUGCCUUGUUUGUAUUUGACAAUCUAGUGGUUGAGGAUGCUGUUAAUGCUCCCAACUAA